CCCCUCCAGCGCAUAGUAAGUCAGCCCAUGGUCUAUCUGCACCUUCACUCGUCGCAAUCGCUGUCCUUCUCUCACUAUCCACCUUUGUUCAAGGGCAUUUUGUCCCAGUUGUUGUGCGCUGUUACUUACCAUCUGCAUAGCUUCAUUUGACCAGCUCCACUCGCUUCUGCGCACCUCCUUCGCUAUCGCAAGUAAACCUAUACAGUCGCUAUGGCAGAUAUCGAGCAGCAAACUUCGGUCGAGCAGACUCCGGUUGACGACGUAGAAAUGGGCGAGGGCGCGGGUGAUACAUCGGCCGGCGCAGGAGAGGAUGCUGGGUUGACUCAACUUGAGCCUGAGACGCCAAAGCUGGUCUUGUUCGCGGAUCUGAUGAAAAGUCCCAUUGUCGAGGUCAUCGUAGGAAGCGUAGACAACCGAACCACGUACUCAGCCCACGAGGCAGUUCUCGUCAAGUCACCAGAGUUUGCAAAGCAGGUCGAACAAUUCGCGCCAGGAGGUCCUCGCCAGGUCAUUUUCACAGAUGUUGAUGUCGAUGCCAUGGGCUCGGUAGUCGAGUACCUUUACACGGGCGAAUACUUCCCUAAAAAGACGUCAUCGGCGCGCGACGCCCCCCUCGAAAAAGACACCCGCCAACCUCUCCCCGACGAUCAAGGCCUUGGUCUUCUCGUGCACGCCCGCGUCUACACACUCGCCGACCGCCUUGCUCUCCCCGAGCUAAAAUCCCUCGCACACUCCAAAAUCCACCGCACAGCCUCCACCGCCAAAGGCGAGCUCGCAUACGCCCGCUACGUGUACAAGGAGUCCAAUCCGGAGGAUACUACAAUUCGCAAGCCUGUGGCGGCGUUCUGGGCUACGAGGAGUUUCUCGCUACGUCAUGAUGCGGAGCCCGAGUUCAAGGCCAUGUGUCUAGAGUUCCCACAGUUUUCGUAUGAUGUGCUCCAGCUUGUGCUGGAUCAACAAGAGAAGAGAGGCAGGGGUGGAGAUGAUGGGCCGACCAGGAGUGGGCCGAGUGUGGUGCCAGGAUCAACGAGAAAGAGGGCCAGAGUGAGUCAGGUUUAGAUGCAUUUUGGGCGUGCAUCUGCUUGAUUUGCUUCUUUGCCCUUUGCUUCUGUCUGUUUGUUGGAUGCAUUCUAAUCUCAUGUGCUUAGCUCGACCCUCAAGUUCAGAUUCGUACCCCGCGUGCAUUAACGGAAACAUUGGAAUGAAUCACGGCU